AAUGAAUUUUCCGUUUGUAAACAAAACCAUUCUUCUGCUAGAUAUUUGUAUUUUGGACUCCCCGAAUCAUAUUUUGUAAAUCCCCCAAAUUUGAUCUGUGAUAGACAUUUUGAACGAUUCAUGUUGGGAAAUAGUGAAGGCCUCAUUUUCAUAGAGCAGUAUGCCAGCAAGGUGACAUACUACACUUCACAGUAUGGAAGUAUAAAUGGAGUGUCUUACACAGCCAACAAUUUAAUCGGUCCUCCUUCUCGAUAUCCGGCAUAUGGAGAUUUUCCUGAAACCUACGUCCCGAGGAAGGUCUAUUUAAAAAAAAAAACAUUUGUUCUUCAGAGAACAUAUGGGCCAUGGUGGAAAGAAACAUUAGUAAUUUCACCUUCUAAAGGAAAAACUGAAGUUCUCAUAACAGGACAGGAUUUUGUUGAUAUCCUGUUUCAAAAACCUGUCUAUCCAUACUGUGUAAAUGUAUAUGAAACAUAUAACUCUGGUUGUGUGAGACGACUGUGGGCUGGUGAUGGCCAAGGAAAUUGGAAAUUGUUUCAUGAAAAUCAUAUGAAAAAGUCUCUGAAGCAUUCACAGAUAUUUUCUGCUGAACCUCAUCAUCUACAGUUUCUGACUAGCAUUAUUAGAGUUGAAAUAGACAGCAGUUUGGCCGAUUAUUAUCCAGAGAUCGAUGCUGUUCUUCUGGUUGGAACAGAAACCUAUCCUCCGUUUGAAGAAUCGCUUAAACUUUGUGUCACAGGAUUAUCUACGAAAAUUAUUGGAUUGGGGCUCCAUCGUUUAGUGCCAGGCUUCAAUGCAAUCGAAAGUAUACAACGGCUCUGUUUUAAGUACCAAGUCCCAGCGCAAUCCUCAACUAUUUGCCAUCUCAGUAAAUUACCCGAAGAAAUUUUACGCAUAAUACUCUCAUUUUUGGAUCUUCACAGCUUGUGCUCUUUAGCAUGCGUCUCGACCUCAUUCAAUAAAAUAUGCAAGGAUUCGGUGCUCUUCACUUCAGUGAAUUUAAAACCAUAUUGGUAUUGUGUCAAUCUUUCAUCAUUAGAAUGGCUGACUGUUCGAUGCCAGUGUCUGCAGUAUUUGGACAUGUCAUGGUGUGGAAACUACGGAAAAUUGAGUUCAACUGAUUUUUCAUGGUUCAUCAAGCAAUUUGGAAAGCGUUUGCGAAUUUUGCGCUUAGAGAAUUGCACUUUUCUAAAUAAUGAAGUUCUUUACUGGAUUUCAACCUGCUGCCCUUGUUUACAAGAGUUGAAUUUACGGGGAUGUCGUGAUUUAGAGUCAAAUGCGUUUUGGCAUUUGGGAAAAUUACACAUGAUGGAACGAUUAAUAUUGGAUAAUACGCAGAUCGAGUUGCCUACUCUUCUAGUCAGUUUGCAAUCGAUGACGUCGCUUUCUCACCUUUCACUUGGCGCUUGUCAAAAUCUUGCCCUUUCCGGAUCACUAGAUGAGAUUGUUCGCUGGCUAAAUCGACACAGGCCGGGUAUUAUUUCCCUUGAUUUAUGGAGAAAUGGUCAUCUGUCAAAUCACGGAAUGGAAGUUCUAGUUGGACUUGGAAAUUUAAGGGAACUUGACAUUGGCUGGUGUGGUCUACCACCGAAUGGUAACUGGAUAUCCCUACUAGCCAAUCGCUGUCGAUCUUUGGAAAAACUGUUCCUGACCGCCGCUAGAACAGCCAAAGACACUGAUUUGAUAGCUAUUGCGCAAUUUUGCCCUAAUUUAAGACAACUCGAUUUGCUGGGCAACAGCUACAUAACAUCGGAAGGAUGUUGCAGAAUACUAGAUCAAUGCCGAAAGCUGCAGUUACUGGAUGUUAGUUACUGUUGUCAGAUUGACGCGGGGCAUGUAUCAAAUUGGAGACGAACAUAUCCUCAUGUUAGUAUCAAACGUAUAUUUAUCAACGAAGAAGAUUAAUUAUAAAAUUUCUUAUUUGAA